AUGGGACCACACGUGUACCCAGGGGGAGUGUUCGUACGGAUCCCAAGCAACUUGGGCACUUUCAGACGCCCUAGCGGUUCCUAUAGCAACGGAAAACCGGAAGUGUGGAUCGCUUCCGGAAGCGGAAGUCCGAGCAAAAAGUUCAGCUGCAGCAGUGGGUUAGUGGCGCUUUGCGUCCACGUGGAGCAGCGUGGUGAGAGUAGGGGGCUGAAAGCAGGUGGCAGCGGCGAUAGGCGCCCUUUUCCAGGCGUGCGGGCCCCGGGCUACUCCGCUUCUUCGGUUAGUGUUGGAUGUGCGCGCUGCGAGAUGGACAGUCCCCCACUCUCAGGCUCGGACUCGGAUUCUGAGGAUUCUUUCGUCACUGACAGGGAGUUGCAGGACGCGUUUUCCCGAGGGCUCCUGAAGCCAGGCCUCAAUGCCGUGUUAGAGGCUCCGAAAAGAGCGGUGAACGACGUGAAUGGCCUGAAGCAGUGUUUGACAGAAUUCAAGCGGGAUCUGGAAUGGGUUGAAAGGCUUGAUGUCACCCUCGGUCCGGUGCCAGAAACCAGUGGACCUCAGUCAACACCUCAGAGCAAGGAUCAGAAAGCUGUUGAUCCAGAAGAUGACUUCCAGCGGGAAAUGAGCUUCUACCGGCAGGCCCAGGCUGCAGUGCUUGCGGUAUUACCCCGCCUCCAUCAGCACAAAGUCCCUACUAAGCGACCCACUGAUUAUUUCGCAGAGAUGGCCAAGUCUGAUCAGCAGAUGCAGAAGAUUCGACAGAAGCUGCAGGCUAAACAGGCCGCCAUGGAGAAAUCGGAAAAGGCUAAGCAACUUCGAGCACUUAGGAAAUACGGAAAGAAGGUACAAACAGAGAUUCUUCAGAAGAGGCAGCGGGAGAAGGCACACAUGAUGAAUGCCGUUAAGAAAUAUCAGAAAGGCUUCUCUGAUAAACUGGACUUCCUUGAUGGAGAUCAGAAACAUCAGAAACCUGUCGCACGGGGCUCGAAGGAAGGCGCUAAAGGCCAGCAGAUGAGGAGAGGUCCCAGUGCCAAACGUCGCUAUAAAAACCAGAAGUUUGGUUUUGGUGGUAAGAAGAAGGGCUCCAAGUGGAACACUCGUGAGAGCUAUGAUGAUGUAUCCAGCUUCCGGGCCAAGACAGCUCACGGCAAGGGCCCCACGAGGCCUGGAAAGAAAGGAUCAAAUAAGAGACCUGGAAAAAGGACAAGAGAGAAAAUGAAGAGCAGAACACGCUAAGCAGCAUCUUUAAAAAAAAAAGGAUGAAGACUUGGGAUUUCACAAUACAAUUGGAUCUCUUAUGUUGGUUUCUUUUUGUAAAAAAAUUUUUCAUUAAACUAAAAAGUGCUGAAAGAAACAUACCCUUGGGUGAAAACUCAGAACUAAAAGACUGAGAAGCUACUUUUACGUAUUAAGUAAUACUUCUAUUUGUUGAUAAUAACUUAGACAUUGAGUCCAAAUUUUCUUCCUUUUAUGAUAGAUGAAGAUUUAACACCCCUCAAUUCCUCUUUCUCAUCCUCUCAAAUAGUUAUAUCAUGACUAUAGAUAAAUCAAUAAUCAGUAUUUAUAUCAUUAAUAUCCUUUAAAUAGCCAUCACUGGAGAGCUCAAUGAACUAUGAUAAUAUUUCCUUUGUGUCACAGGUUUUGCUUUUUCCUUGGAUUAAUUGUCCACUUAAAUUUUUCUGAGAGCCUAAUUUUCCUUCUAUAUCAUUAUUUUUUUCCUAGAUGUUUCAUUGUUUUAUCUAUCUUAUAAUUUUCCUGCUGUAACCUAGGUGUGUCAUACUACUGUCACCUUGUCCCUUUUCUAGGCCUUCUAG